AUGGGGGAGACGACAACAAUCGAGCAUCAUGAGGUUUUUGUCAAGUCUCCUUUGGGCAGCUCUUUUGGUUGAACAGGUUUUGGGUGAAUAUGGUAUGGCACAUUUCAGUGACUUGGGUAAAAACAAAGGCAAAGAUUACUGCAUUUUCUUCAACUCUCAGUGGGCUCGACUACCUCAGGACCUCAGUAAAGCAACACGCCUGCAGACAUAUGACCUCACCAGUUCUGUGCUCUGCUCGCCCUCGGAUGUUCCCGAGGGUGGCUUUCCGAACACCAUCCCAAUGGUGAUGAGAGGAAACUGUACUUUCUACGAGAAAGUCAGAUUGGCACAGAUUAACGGUGCCAAGGGACUUCUGAUCGUCAGCAAAGAUAGACUGACUCCACCCUCAGGCAACAAGUCCCAGUAUGAGGAGAUCGGAAUCCCAGUGGCUUUGCUCAGCUAUAAAGACAUGCUGGACAUCAGCAAGAACUUUGGGGAGAAGAGGCAGGUUGCCAUGUAUGCGCCUCAUGAACCAGUGGUGGACUAUAACAUGGUGAUCAUCUUUCUGAUGGCAGUGGGCACUGUGGCUGUUGGAGGAUAUUGGGCCGGCAGCAGAGAUAUUAAAAAACGUUAUAUGAAGCACAAGAGGGACGACAGUGCCGAGAAACACGAUGAGGAGACUGUUGACGUCACCCCCAUCAUGAUUUGUGUGUUUGUGGUCAUGUGCUGCUCCAUGCUGGUGCUCUUGUACUUCUUUUAUGAUCACUUGGUGUAUAUGACCAUCGCCACAUUCUGUUUAGCGUCUGCUGUCGGUCUGUACAGUUGUCUCUGGCCGUUUGUUCGAAGAAUACCCUUCGGGAAAUGCAGGAUACCGGAGAAUAACCUGCCGUACUGUCACAAGCGGCCGCAGGUGCGAAUGCUGCUCCUUUCAGCCUUCUGUAUCGCCGUCAGUGUGACUUGGGGAGUUUUCCGCAACGAAGACCAGUGGGCGUGGGUGCUUCAGGACACGCUAGGCAUUGCAUUCUGUCUCUACAUGCUGAAAACAAUCCGACUGCCCACUUUCAAGGCUUGCACUAUGCUGCUGGUCGUCCUGUUUGUCUACGACAUAUUUUUUGUUUUCGUAACACCACUCUUAACUGAGAGUGGUGAAAGUAUCAUGAUGGAGGUGGCAACUGGACCCUCUGAUUCCUCUACACACGAGAAGCUUCCAAUGGUGCUGAAAGUGCCCAGGUUAAACUCUUCUCCUCUAGUCCUGUGUGACAGACCCUUCUCUCUGCUGGGAUUCGGGGAUAUCUUAGUACCAGGUUUGCUUGUAGCGUACUGUCACAGGUUUGACAUUCUCAUGCAAACGUCUCGAAUCUAUUUCCUGGCCUGCACUUUUGGUUACGGCAUCGGUCUGCUCAUCACAUUCGUGGCUUUGGCUGUGAUGCAGAUGGGCCAGCCUGCCCUCUUGUACCUGGUGCCCUGCACUCUCCUCACCAGCCUCGCGGUGGCGCUGUGGCGCAAGGAGCUGCCUUUGUUCUGGACAGGAAGUGGAUUUGUGCCUCCUCCCAUCGUCAUGGAACAGAUAAACUGUACUCGAACCGCAGGACAGUCCACAGAUGAGCCGCAGUUGAACGCUGAGCAGCCGGACACUGAACCCAGCGAUCAGUGUGAGGAUCCUCCUCCAGCAGCUCAAGAUGAACUCCCACAUCUGACCGGUGCAGCUACUACAUAAAGACAGAGACUCUUAAGGAUGAUCUUUUUUGUUUUUUAUGUCAGUUAUAGAUCUGACUAUGUAUGUAUGUAAUAGACUUGAACAGUAUGAACAUCUCAGUGCACUUGCUUUACAGAGAGAGAAAUCUGUGACAGCAGCUGUUUUAAGCCUUCAAAUUUAUACACAAGAGCGUUACUUCUGCAGAGCUUCGUCCGAUGUUACUUUACUUUAUGGAUAGUAUGAAGAAUGGACAAAUGUGAACAGCUUCUAUCUUUUCAUGAGGAUCUCAACUGUUAUUUUUGUUCUCUCUGUCUUUGUAAAUCAACAAAAUAACCUUAAAUAAAACAGCGCAGCUAGACAUUUUCCAAAAAAUGUCAUAAAAUAAAAUAAAAUGAUGACUCAUUGCAAAUAAUCAUUAUAACAACGCGUAAGUUUCACAUAAUUUAGAAUUCGAUGCCGAUGAGGACUGAAAAAACGAAGGCAUAAUUUUUUCAUACUUUUUAUCCCCAUUUUUGUGCUCUAAGAUUUAAAUGCUAUGGAUUAAGAUAUUUAAAUUGAGUUUAAAUAAGAGCAAAACGUAUACCUAUAUAGGGAUUUUUAUCUUCAAGGUGCAUUGAGAGAUUAUGUUCACAUGUCCAUCCAAAUAAAGCUUUGUGUUUGAUGCAAGGAUUGUUUGGUAUAAAGACAUACAUUUUAUUUAAUACAUUUCUGACCAUUUGUUGAGUGACAGUCUUUGUUUUAUAGCAGGAAUUUUGCAUUCAUGUUACUUUGAAUCAUUCAAACUGAAAUCAUGCUCUAGAUCUCUUGGGGUUGGAUAAAGUUGUUUGACGUUCCCCCAAUGUCUCGUUGAAGUCUUUUAGACCUGGUAGACAAUGAUGAAUGAUGAGUACUGUUAUCAUGUGGAAUAACACGGACAAUUUAUAACAAGAUUCUACUCUGGAGGUCACCAUGUUUCUUUACAGAGGUGUUUGCUGAGGCUCUUUCUGGUCAGAGAUCAACAUAUGCUGUAAAUGUGUUAAAAGUGUUUUUUUGAAAACUUGUUGAAGAUUCACCUAUUAAAGGAAUUAUGCAUUGAGUUUUUGGUUUGAUU